GGCAAAAAUGAGUAUAAAUAAUAAAAUAAAAGCAUGGCGCACGUGCUCGUUGGAUACUGGUGUGUAGAAAUUGGCGCCACGAGAAACCAGGGAGGUAGGCGUGGAGAUUGGAGAAGAAGGGGUUUCUGAUUACUUGAAAUUAUGGAAUUCUUGGAAACACCUGAAGGCCAAUUAUAUAUUGGUGUUGCUGUAGGGCUUAUUGCUGUUUGUGCUGCUGCAUACUUCUUGUUUUCCUCUAAGAAACCCAAAGAUUGCUUGGAUCCUGAGGCUUUCAAGGAGUUCAAGCUUGUCAAGAAAACACAAAUCAGCCAUAAUGUGGCAAAGUUCAAAUUUGCACUUCCUACACCCACUUCUGUGUUGGGACUUCCUAUUGGGCAGCAUAUAAGUUGCAGGGGUAAGGACAGUCAAGGUGAAGAGGUUAUCAAACCAUACACUCCCACCACUUUGGAUUCUGAUGUUGGAUAUUUCGAGUUAGUUAUAAAGAUGUAUCCGCAAGGAAGAAUGUCUCAUCAUUUUAGAGAAAUGCGUGAAGGUGAUUAUCUGGCUGUAAAAGGACCAAAGGGUCGAUUUAAGUAUCAACCAGGCCAAGUGAGGGCAUUUGGGAUGCUUGCUGGAGGGUCUGGCAUUACUCCAAUGUUCCAGGUAGCCAGAGCUAUUCUUGAAAACCCAAAUGACCAAACAAAAGUGCAUCUGAUUUAUGCUAAUGUUACAUAUGAGGACAUUCUUUUAAAGGAAGAUUUGGAUAGUCUUGCUACUAACUACCCUGAUCGUUUUAAAAUUUACUAUGUACUGAAUCAGGUUAGUUCUCUUUGUCCAUUAUUUAAAUCCUUUGUGACGAUAUAUUAGCCUCAACCUAAGUCGAUUGGUUUAGCUAGCUUCAUUUAUUUUACCGCUUUCUUCAUCUUCGGAAUUGGGGAAUUUGAUAUAUUCAUUUUGCGGCUUCAAUUUUUUCUCCUCUUCCUUGUGAACUCCUUUUUCUAUUUAUUUACUGAAAGACAAAAUUAAGUUUUUUACGUACAUAUAUUACUCCCUUACAUUAUCUUUAACUCAAUUUUUAAUUUGAAAGGAUGGAUCAACUUAUGUGCAUUAGUACAGAUUUAUGACUAUAUUUGUCUAAUUUAUGCAAUGAAUCACUUGAAAGUUUCUCUAUGUACAUCUAAAUAUGCCCUUGAAUGAGCCAUCUUUUCUAAA